AUGGAAUCAGUGGGAAACGUGGGAAAAGGCGGGGUGUCGGGGUCUCUAUCUAUCAAUCUAUUUAUCUCAUUAUAUUCCUUAUCUUUCUAUCAAUCUAUCUAUCUAUCUCGUUAUAUUAAUUAUCUAUCUAUCUAUCUAUCUAUCUAUCUAUCUAUCUAUCUAUCUAUCUCAUUAUAUUCAUUAUCUAUUUAUCUAUCUAUCUCUCUCAUUAUAUUCAUUAUCUAUCUAUCUAUCUAUCUAUCUCAUUAUAUUCAUUAUCAUUCUAUUCUCCUUAUUAUAUCUAUCUAUCUAUCUAUCUAUCUAUUCAUUAUCUAUCUAUCUCAUUAUAUCUAUUAUCUAUUUAUCUAUCUAUCUCUCUCAUUAUAUUCAUUAUCUAUCUAUCUAUCUAUCUAUCUAUCUAUCUCAUUAUAUUCAUUAUCUAUUUAUCUAUCUAUCUAUCUCUCUCUCAUUAUAUUCAUUAUCUAUCUAUCUAUCUAUCUAUCUAUCUAUCUAUCUAUCUAUCUAUCUAUCUAUCUAUCUAUCUAUCUCAUUAUAUUCAUUAUCUAUCUAUCUGUCUAUCUACCUAUCUAUCUAUCUAUUCUGUUCAUUUCCAUCCAUCUAUCUAUCUAUCUAUCUAUCUUCCUAUCUAACUAUAUCAGGCUGUUCAUAUCUAUGUCUCUUCUAUUUUCAUAUCUAUCUAUCUCAGUAUUUUCAUAUCUAUCUAUCUAUCUAUCUAUCUAUCUAUCUAUCUAUCUCAGUCUUUUCAUAUCUAUCGAUCUAUCUAUCUAUCUAUCUCAGUGGUUUCAUAUCUAUCUAUCUAUCUAUCUAUCUCAGUCUUUUAAUAUCUAUCUAUCUAUCUAUCUCAGUGGUUUCAUAUCUAUCUAUCUAUCUAUCUAUCUCAGUCUUUUAAUAUCUAUCUAUCUAUCUAUCUCAGUGGUUUCAUAUCUAUCUAUCUAUCUAUCUAUCUAUCUAUCUAUCUAUCUGUUUUAUGUCCGUUCAUAUGUGUGUAUAAAUCUUUCUAUCUAUCUGUGUCUGUUCAUUUAUAUGUAUGUAUGCAUGUAUCUAUCUCUCUAUCUAUCGAUGUCUGUUCAUAUGUAUUUAUGUAUCUAUCUAUCUGGCUAG